AUGAGUGCAUACGGCGGAUACUCGACCACGUCCUACGGCGCCGCGGGGGGUGAAGAUGGCGGCGGUUUCUUCGGGGGGUCGCAAUUCGGCGGCAGUCAAGGAGCAAAAGCCGUAAACGAAGAGUCCCUGCGCCCCGUAACAAUCAAGCAGAUCAUCGACGCGGAGCCCGCCUACGCCGGCGAGGCGUCGUUCCGGAUCGACGGCCUGGACGUCAAGCAGGUGACGUUCGUGGGCAUGGUGCGAUCCAUCAGCCCGCAGACGACCAACAUCACGUACCGGCUGGACGACGGCACGGGCAUCAUCGAGGUGAAGCAGUGGCUCGACGCCGACAAGCAGGAGGAGUCGCGGCCCGCGUUCAGGGAAGAAGAGUACGUGCGCGUCUGGGGCCGCCUCAAGAGCUUCUCCAACAAGCGCCACGUCGGCGCCCACGUCAUCAAGCCCGUCAAGGACUUCAACGAGGUCAACUACCACCUGCUGGAGGCCGUCUACGUGCACCUGUUCUUCACCAAGGGCGCGCCAGGCGGAGGUAGCGGCGGCGGCGGCGGCAACACUACAAAUGGUGGUGCGAAUAGUGUUGGUGGCGCUAGGGACGACAGCGACAGCAUGUUCGUCGACGGCGGCGACGACAACAGCAACGCCAGGAGCCUCGAGGCCAAGGUCCAGGGCUACUCGGCCAAGGCGCGCAAGAUGUUCGAAUAUCUCAACUGCGCGCCCAACAGCGGCGCCGAGGGCCACCACAUAAACAUGAUUGCGAGCGGGUCCGGCAUGUCGGUGGGGGACGUCAACGAGGCGGCCGACGAGCUGCUGGGCCACGGCACCAUCUACACGACGCUGGACGACGAGACGUUCGCCAUAUUGGACGGCUACUAG